GCUGCACAUGUGCACCUUCUUCCCUCUGGAGGUGAGACCUCUCCUCUGGCCCUCCUCCCAGCGUUUGGCUCAAUGAAUGCUCCUGCAUGCAGAAUGGACAUCCAUUUUUCAUGCUGCUGUCCUGCUUAAUGGACCCCUGUUUGCUCAGAACCAGCCCGGCGUGCUGAUCGGGCGCUUUCCUCCAGCAGUCUUGGGUUCGGCUCCAUUUUUGCUGUCAUCAUCAUAAUCUCCCGCUCUGCUUCUGUGGGAUUAUCGUGGUGAUGAAGCAGGCCGCCGUGUGACCGCGCCGUGCUCCCCACAAGACUCUUUCUCCUUUUUGUCAGUCUCUGGAGGAGCGAAAAUGCUGAACCAGAGCGCCGUCAUGAUCUUCACCGGCAUUUGUGGGGCCAUGGUGCUGAUGGCCAUGGCCUACUAUGUUUACUGGUCGGUGAUAUUGGCUGACGGACCGUGUAAGCGGGGCCUGUAAAGGAGUCCACCGUGGUUGGUCAUAGUGUGUAGAGAGGAGUCCUCUCGGCCCUCCAGGCUCCUCAGCCAUGGCUCUGCUGGCCAGCCUGAAGAGCCUGUUCAUCCUGCAGCUGCUGAUGGGCUUCGUGUUCGUGGUGAGCGGCCUCAUCAUAAACUUCCUCCAGCUGUGCACCUGCGUCCUCUGGCCAAUCAACAGGCAGCUGUACCGCCGGAUCAACUGCCGCCUGUCCUACUCCCUCUGGAGCCAGCUGGUGAUGCUGCUGGAGUGGUGGUCGGGCACAGAGUGCACUCUAUACACUGACCAGGCCACGGUGGACAUGUUCGGCAAGGAGCACGUCAUCAUCAUCCUCAACCACAACUUUGAGAUCGACUUCCUGUGCGGCUGGACCAUCUGUGAAAGAUACGGCGUCCUGGGAGGCUCCAAAGUGCUGGCCAAACACGAGCUGCUGAAGGUCCCUCUGAUCGGCUGGACCUGGUACUUUCUAGAAAUCGUUUUCUGCAAGAGGAGGUGGGAGGAGGACCGAGACACGGUCUUCAAAGGCCUGGGAAGACUCAGAGACUAUCCCGAGUAUAUGUGGUUCCUGCUGUACUGUGAAGGAACCCGCUUCACCGAGAAGAAGCAUCAGAUCAGCAUGCAGGUCGCAGAGAGCAAAGGCCUCCCCCAACUCAAAUACCACCUGUUACCCCGGACCAAAGGCUUCACCACCACGCUGCGGUGCCUCAAAGGCACAGUGAAGGCCGUUUAUGACGUGACCCUGAACUUCCAAGACAAACAGACGCCCACGCUGCUGGGCAUCGUCAACGGCAAGAAGUACAAAGCCGACUUGAGUGUCAGGCGAUUCACCGUGGAGGAGAUACCCGAAGAUGAGGAGGAGUGUGCCCACUGGCUGCACAAGCUCUACCAGGAGAAAGACGCCUUACAGGAAAUCUACAACAAGGAAGGCAAGUUCCCCGGACCCACGGUGAUCCCGCCCCGCCGCCCAUGGACGCUGCUCAACUUCCUGUUCUGGGCCACCCUUCUGCUUUCGCCGCUCAUAAACUUCGCUUAUGGGGUGGUGGUCAGCGGCUCCCCACUCCUCAUCAUCGGCUUCAUCAUCUUCCUCAUCAUAGCCUCCAUAGCCAUCCGUCGUCUCAUCGGGGUCACCGAGGUGAAGAAAACCGGCUCCAGUUAUGGCGACCAGCAGGCCAAGAAACAAAACUAAACUGUGUCCCCCCUGCCCCCCUUUGCUGAUAAAUGGCUGUUUCAGUACAGCUACCAUGUGGUGUCCCCCCACCCCCCCCACUUAGUAUCAGGGGAGGGGGGGCCACGCGUCCAAUCACCACUACGUCAAAAAUUCUCUAACAGAGACUCUGGAGUCCAGCCCCCCCAGUGCGUCACAUAACAGAAGGAUGGGGAGACGCAGCUCUAAUCCAAAUGUCUAUCAUAAUCCCCCCCCCCCCUCCCAUCAGGCCCCAUUAAGUCUCAGAACCAACCAGGUUAAGCUGCUAAGCCUGAGGUCACAUGACGCCACGCCCACCUGCAGUUCCCGUCACUCACCAGCAGAGGCGCAGUCCAUUCUCCAUUUGGUUAUUUUAACCCCCCCAUGCAGGGGGCACCAUCACUAACAGGGACUUGUAAUGAAACCGGUGCCUUGAGGCCCAGCCUGGCUCUCCAGAAUCAGGUCACGUCACCCCAAAUCUCGCCAUCUCCACCUUCUGAGGUCACCGCCAGACGCGCUCUGCUCUCCUCUCUAACACAGGAGUGAACAGAUGUUGGACGUAGUUUAAGGGUGGUGGGGGGUCUCUGAGCGUCGAUCCCAGCGUCCCCCGAACCGAGGAGACCCCGUCUCCCCCCAGGCACCUGUGAGCAGAAUGCAUGGCGGCACGUUCACGUCCUCAGAUCCUCGUCGUCAUUCCUCUCAUCGUCCCAGAUGUUUCCUGAAACGCAUCGUCGGUCUGACAGGGAGCGGUCGGUCAGGAGGAGCCCCCCCUCCCUCCUCGGGGGGGGGUGGAGUUGGGUUGCAGGGAAAGGUCGUCCUCUUUCUUUCUGUAGCCCCUCAGCUGUUGGCUUAGACUGUAGUGAGGAUAUUUUUACCUUUGCCUUAAGUCACGCUUGCUUAGACGGAGGAUGGGUCGCUGGCCUCCCCCUUUAAGAACCGCCCGUCCUGUUCCGGCACGGCGGGGUGGAAACCCUUUCUUUAGGGGGGGUUGCUGGGACGUUCUGUUAGAACGACCCUCCUCCUGAGGCUUUUUAAGGCGAUCACCCCCCACCCCUCCCUGUAGCGGUCUCUAACCGGACAGAUUUCAUGCAAGCCUUAACUAAAAGCGUCUUUUUUUCUUUUCUUUUGCAAAAGCGUAGAUGCGAAGCCAUGAGUGUGAUGGUUUGGAGCCCUGCAGGACAGAUUAGUGGCUGACACGCUCGUUGAUUUAAAGGAAUUCUCCCGUUUCCCCGUAGCGGAGAUUGUUUGAAACUCGUCGCCGUGUCCGUCUGGUCUCAGUCCAGCCCGUCCGGUCGCUGGCGUGGACCAGAAACGCCAGGAUCUGUCCCGUUCUGUCAAUUGUUCCUCAGAUUUAUUUUUUUGUGAUUGGCAUCUCAUCAUCUUUCUAAACUCCUCAGUCAUCCGUCUGCAGCAUCCGCUUUUCUUUUCUACAGCUAUUUUUAUGUUCAAUUGAAACACUUGAUUAUAUUAAAGGAUUUAACCACAAAGCUGC